AGACUGGUGCAGCCCUGGUCGGGGAAAGGAUAUUUGCCUGUCCUAUAUAUAGGCGCAUAUACAAACACGCAUAUGUUUAGUCUUUCACCCAGCCGAUAGUUCCUUGUUCUUCCAACAUUAAAGUCUGCGUUUCUGGCGGCAUUCACUUUUGUUUUUCCAACCUCAGUCGUGAGAAAGGACUCACCCACACAGACAGCUUGUCAAGCAUCCUACAUCCUUCGUUGGUGAACAUUCGGUUCGUGCCUGGCAACGUUUUAAAUUCAAAUCUGUUCGCCACCAACUGUCAGUUGCAAGUGAAAGUUCGAACAGCCAAGACGCUCAAAACGGAAAAAUCUGAAUUCGGAAUAAAAACUAUUCUGCUAUUAGCUAUUUAAGAAAUUCUACAUAAAAAUCUCAUAACCUGAAAAUCUUUUCAGGAAAAAAGAAUUUAUCUUAAGAAUUAACAAAAUGAAGUGCUGAUAUUCAAAAAAAAGUUCUGCCAUUCAAAAAUGUUAUUGAGUGUGGAGAGCUGAUGGUUAUGUAAGCUCGGUGCAGAUUCUUGAAAUCUUGAACAGAAAAUAGUUAUUUUCAAGUCCAAAAGAGUUGAGGCGACUAGUGUAGUGAAAAAAUAUCUUUGUUCAUCAACUGACUGUGUAGAGUUCAGAUAGAAAUGGUUUUCCAAAUAAUUCUUCUGGUCAUCUGCACCAUCUGCCUCAAGCAUUUCGCCAAAGGAGAAUUUCAGCAAAGUCUGGCUAUUACUGACAUCCUGCCCGAGGACAUAAAGCGUUAUGACAAAAUGCGACCCCCCAAAAAAGAGGGCCAACCCACGAUAGUCUACUUCCAUGUUACGGUGAUGGGCCUGGACUCUAUUGAUGAGAACUCAAUGACUUACGUGGCGGAUGUGUUCUUUGCCCAGACGUGGAAGGAUCAUCGCCUGCGAUUGCCGGAAAACAUGACCCAAGAGUACCGAUUGCUGGAAGUGGACUGGUUAAAGAAUAUGUGGCGUCCGGACUCAUUUUUCAAGAACGCCAAGUCGGUGACCUUUCAGACGAUGACCAUACCAAACCACUACAUGUGGCUCUACAAGGACAAGACCAUUCUGUAUAUGGUUAAACUGACUUUAAAGCUAUCCUGUAUCAUGAAUUUCGCCAUAUAUCCUCAUGAUACUCAGGAGUGCAAACUACAGAUGGAGAGCUUAUCUCACACCACUGAUGACCUGAUUUUUCAAUGGGAUCCUACCACACCGUUGGUGGUGGAUGAGAACAUCGAGCUGCCCCAAGUGGCGCUUAUUCGGAAUGAGACUGCGGAUUGCACGCAGGUCUAUUCCACUGGAAACUUUACCUGCCUUGAGGUGGUCUUUACUCUAAAACGGCGCCUGGUCUACUAUGUCUUCAACACCUACAUUCCCACCUGCAUGAUUGUGAUCAUGUCGUGGGUAUCCUUUUGGAUCAAGCCCGAAGCUGCUCCCGCCCGGGUCACCUUGGGGGUCACAUCGCUCCUGACCUUGUCCACACAGCACGCCAAGUCUCAGUCGUCACUUCCGCCGGUCUCGUAUCUCAAGGCCGUGGACGCCUUCAUGUCCGUCUGCACGGUGUUUGUGUUUAUGGCCCUCAUGGAGUAUUGUCUGAUUAACAUUGUCCUGAGCGACACGCCCAUUCCCAAGCCGAUGGCAUAUCCGCCCAAGCCAGUAUCAGGUGAUGGAGCCAAGAAAGAGGGCGAAGGACCUCCACCAGGUGGAAGCAACGCGGCAAGCAGUAAGCCACCGGCCACCAUGCUGCCACUGGCCGAUGAGAAGAUCGAGAAGAUUGAGAAGAUCUUUGAUGAGAUGACCAAAAACAAAAGGAUUGUGACCACUACUCGACGUGUGGUGAGGCCUCCUCUGGACGCUGAUGGCCCGUGGAUUCCGCGCCACGAGUCCCGCAUUAUUCUGACACCGACGAUCGCACCGCCACCACCACCUCCGCCGCCAGUGGUGCCGGAACCGGAACUACCCAAGCCGAAGCUGACUCCCGCCCAGGAGCGCCUCAAGCGGGCCAUUUAUAUCGACCGCUCCUCGCGUGUCCUGUUUCCCGCUCUUUUCGCCAGCCUCAACUGCAUCUACUGGAUUGUGUUCUACGAGUAUCUGUAAGAUCGAAGCCGACUAUCCCUGUACAUACUUUCGAUUUUGAUUUCCAUUGCUAUAUUUCUCUGUCGCUGUCGCUCCAUCCGAGUGUUAAUCGUUGAUUGUUCGUCUAUAUCGAAACGUAUAUCGCAAAUUAACUUUUAAGCUUUCACGCACAAGCUUUAAGUAAAUGAAUUUUAAACAUAGAAAAUUGUUAAACCAAAAAACAUGAACAAGAAAAAAGUAAGAAGCCACAUGAUUAAUUACAAAUGAUCAAUUCAAUUCCUAAAAUGCUUAAUGUUUAACAAAAAAGUAGCACCGGGUAUAUAUUAAGUGAAUUGUACUUUACUGUCUCAAACAAAUGCUUUUAAUUGUAAAUAAAUACA